ACAUGCCAAGGUCACAGCCCCCGCCACCCCAGGCCCGGCCCAUCGUCUCCCAAAGCCCGGAGAUGGACUUCAGGGCCCCAUGAAGGGAGACAAGCGGGAGGAGCCGGGGCCGGGGCCCGAACCCGCGGCCCCCCAGCCUCCCACGGAGGAUGAGGAGGCGCUGAUCGAGUUCCACCGCUCGUACCGCGAGCUCUUCGGGUUCUUCUGUAACAACACCACCAUCCACGGCGCCAUCCGGCUGGUGUGCUCCCGGCACAACCGCAUGAAGACCGCCUUCUGGGCCGUGCUGUGGCUCUGCACCUUCGGCAUGAUGUACUGGCAGUUCGCGCUGCUCUUCGAGGAGUACUUCAGCUACCCGGUCAGCCUCAACAUCAACCUCGACUCCGACAAGCUGGUCUUCCCGGCGGUCACCGUGUGCACCCUCAACCCCUACAGAUACCCCGAGAUUAAAGAGGACCUGGAGGAGCUGGACCGCAUCACCGAGCAGACGCUCUUCGACCUGUACAAGUACAAGUACGAUGCCUCCGGGGCCCUGCAGCCCCGCGCCGCGCGGCGAGGCCCCCGCGGCCUCCGCCAGCCCCUGCCGCACCCCCUGCAGCGCCUGCGGGUCCCGCACAGGGCCCGUGCCCCGCGCAGCAGCUCCGCCUCCAGCAUGCGGGACAACAACCCGCAGGUGGACCGGAGGGACUGGAAGAUCGGCUUCCAGCUGUGCAACCAGAACAAAUCCGACUGCUUCUACCAGACGUACUCGUCCGGGGUGGACGCCGUGCGCGAGUGGUACCGCUUCCACUACAUCAACAUCCUGUCCCGCCUGUCCGACUCGCUGCCCGCGCUGGACGAGGCGGCGCCGGGCAACUUCAUCUUCACCUGCCGCUUCAACCAGGCGCCCUGCAGCCAGGGGAAUUACUCCCACUUCCACCACCCCAUGUACGGGAACUGCUACACCUUCAACAGCAAGAACAGCUCCCACCUCUGGAUGUCCUCCAUGCCCGGCAUCAACAACGGCCUGUCGCUGACGCUGCGCACGGAGCAGCACGACUUCAUCCCGCUGCUGUCGACGGUGACGGGCGCGCGGGUGACGGUGCACGGGCAGGACGAGCCGGCCUUCAUGGACGACGGCGGCUUCAACCUGCGGCCGGGCGUGGAGACCUCCAUCAGCAUGCGCAAGGCAGGGGGCUCCGAGGCCCUGCACAGGCUCGGGGGCGACUACAGCGACUGCACGGAGAACGGCAGCGACGUCCCCGUGCGCAACCUCUACCCGGCCAAGUACACGCAGCAGGUGUGCAUCCACUCAUGCUUCCAGGAGAGCAUGAUCGAGAAGUGCGGCUGCGCGUACAUCCUCUACCCGCGGCCCAAGGGCGCCGAGUUCUGCGACUACCAGAAGCACAGCGCCUGGGGCUACUGCUAUUACAAGCUCCAGGGAGCUUUCUCCAUGGACAGCCUGGGCUGUUUCUCCAAGUGCAGGAAGCCGUGCAGUGUCACCAACUACAAGCUGUCCGCUGGCUACGCGCGCUGGCCCUCGGUGACAGCCCAGAAAUGGGUGUUCCCCAUGCUGUCCCAGCAGAACAACUACACCAUCAGCCACAAAAGAGACGGAGUCGCCAAGCUCAACAUCUUCUUCAAAGAGCUCAACUACAAAACCAACUCGGAGUCUCCUUCCGUCACGAUGGUGACGCUGCUGUCGAACCUGGGUAGCCAGUGGAGCCUGUGGUUCGGCUCGUCGGUGCUGUCGGUGGUGGAGAUGGCCGAGCUGGUGGUGGACCUCGUGGCCAUCACGCUGCUGCUGCUGCUGCGCAGGCUGCGCAGCCGCUACUGGUCCCCGGGGCGGGGGGCGCGG